CAGUCAACCCCGUUCUGUCACACCCAUCCCUAACACUACCCCACUUCAGCCCCACUCCUGCCAGUGUGCUCUAAGGCACACCCCCAGGAUCCCGGGGCCAUUGAACUACAUUUCCCAGAAGACGUUACGGCAGCACCGUGCAAACUUCCGGUCAGGAAGAUGGCGGCUUCCUAGAACCCUGUGAUUGACUGGCUGUGGUUCCUAGGUUGCAGAGUGGAACCUGGCGGUGUGAUCUCGUGCGAGCUUUUUGUCGUUGUGGUCGGACAUCGAUCCGGCUUGCUGCAGUUCCAGCAGGAUCCUGGCUUCCGCGAUCCCCUCUCCAUCCAAGCACCCAGCAGCCAUGGAGGUGGCUGAGGCCAACAGCCCCACAGAGGAAGAGGAGGAGGAAGAGGAGGAGGAGGAAGAAGGGGAGGAGCCGACUCCUGAGCCCCGGCCUCACACUCGCUCCAACCCUGAGGGGGCGGAGGACCGGGCCCUGGGAGCUCAGGCCAAUGUGGGCAGUCGCAGCGAGGGUGAGGGUGAGGCAGCCAGUGCAGAGGAUGGGGCAGCCAGUGUCCCAGGAGCUGGGCCCAAGCCCUGGCAAGUACCAGCACCGGCACCCGAGGUCCAGAUUCGAACACCACGGGUCAACUGUCCAGAGAAGGUGAUCAUCUGUUUGGAUCUUUCAGAGGAGAUGUCUGUGCCAAAACUGGAGUCUUUUAAUGGCUCCAGGACGAACGCCCUGAACGUGUCUCAGAAGAUGGUUGAGAUGUUUGUGCGCACAAAGCACAAGAUUGACAAGAGCCACGAGUUUGCACUGGUUGUAGUGAACGACGACUCUGCUUGGCUGUCUGGCCUGACCUCUGACCCACGAGAGCUCUGCAGCUGCCUGUACGACCUGGAGACAGCAUCCUGUUCCACGUUCAAUCUGGAAGGCCUCUUCAGUCUCAUCCAGCAGAAGACCGAGCUGCCAGUCACAGAGAACGUGCAAACCAUCCCUCCCCCCUAUGUCGUGCGCACUAUCCUGGUCUACAGCCGCCCGCCCUGCCAGCCCCAGUUCUCCCUGACUGAGCCCAUGAAGAAGAUGUUCCAAUGUCCCUACUUCUUCUUCGACAUCAUUUACAUCCACAAUGGCGCCGAGGAGAAGGAGGAGGAGACGAGGUGGAAGGACAUGUUCUCCUUCAUGGGAAGCCUGGACGCCAAGGGCACCAGCUACAAGUAUGAGGUAGCACUGGCUGGGCCUGCCCUUGAGCUGCACAACUGCAUGGCCAAGCUGUUGGCCCAUCCGCUACAGAGGCCCUGCCAGACUCACGCGAGCUACAGCCUGCUGGAGGAUGAGGAAGCUGGGGAGGGUGAAGCCACCGUGUGACCUGUGACAUUUCUGCACCAUUCAGGAACUCUGUGCACCCAUGCCCGCUCCUACUGUGUCUGCUGUAAAUUCAUUCUUCCUGGGACCACUUUGUCACCAGAAUAAAAAUCUGAGGCUUCUGGGCA